GGACAGGAUACUCUACCAUCAGCUCCCAGAGCUCCAAGAGUUGCUAGGCGGGCCGCGACUAUGCCAUUUCCAAGUGGAGUUAAAGUGUCGUAGCGGUGAUGACGCCGAAAGCCCCCAAAGUGAAGCGGGUAAAAGGCGGGAAAGGAAAGAAAAAUGGCAAACACAAUUCCAAGCAGGAGAAGGAGUCGGACGUGGAGAGGGUCAGGGCCAACACGGCUCUCUGGGAGCUGCGGUUAAAGGUCACCCACCAGGACCUGUCCGAGUGUCGGGAGGAGCACCACAAGCUGGCCCGCGUCAACGAGCAGCUCAGCAACCAGCUGCGUCGAACCGAGAAGGACUCCAUCGACAUGACCGGGUUCUGGCAGAAACAGGUUGAAGAGAGGGAUGAUGAGAUCAGAAACCUGGAAGAAAACCUGAGAAGACGAGAGGCUCUUGCGCUCGAAGAGAGGACCAAAACGGCCAGAGACUUCAACGCGAUGCAGAACGAAAUGAGGAAACUGAAGGAAACAAACGCCCACAAGGAGCUGGAGCUCCAAAUUAUGAGAGAAAAAAUGGAAAUGGAUGACAAAGAGCACAGGGAUGACCUUGUCAAAAUGAAGGAGAACUUCCUGAAGGAAAAGGUGACUCUGCAGACAGAGCUUAAGAAAAAGCACAGUCAGGAGAUAGAAAUGUUAAAGCUGGACCACCAGAGAGCUAUUGCCCAAGUAAAAGAUGCAUUACAGUCGGCAUUUAAAGAGCACUGCCAUCUAAAUCAAACACUGGAAAACACCGUAAAGGAGGCAGAGGACCUGAAGAAACUGACACAUUCGUUGGCUGGGGAGAACCUCUCACUGACGCUGCAGAAGGACAUGCAUGAGUUAACAUUAAAGAAUACCACAGCAGAGAUGGAGGACUUAAAGAAGAAGCUUUCUGAGCUCUCGGCCAAAAACACUUCUCUGAAGCAGGCCCUUGAGCAAACUGAGGCGAAGCUUGAGCAGCAGGAGAAGAGGGAGAAGAUGAACCUGGUCACCAUCCAGGCCGGCCAGGUGGAGCUGGACAAACUGCAGAAGGUCCUCUCCAUGCGGGAGGAGGAGAUAAAGCAGGUCAAGCAGCUGGCGAGAGUCAUUGUCGACAAGCGCAGAGAGGUGGAGAGCUUCUUCCACGAAGCCCUGGAUCACGUUAGAGRGGAGAUUGACGCCAGCCGACUGCGUUACAAAAAGGAGGCACUUCGGGAUUACCAGAGGAGCUUAAGAGAAGCCACAGCAGGAAAGAUAAAGUUCCCACCCAUCCGCACCUUCAAUAAAAAUCCCAACAGUACCAAUUCUGUGUAUGCAGACAUGGAGGCAGCUGGAAAAUGGUCUUAUCCUCCAGGCAGUGACGUUCAAAUCUCAGAUUUGACUUGGGAGCAGAAAGAACAAGUUCUCAGUCUGCUCUUUGCUAAAAUGAACGGACAGGCAGAAAGGAAGCACCACCAACAUCUGGCCAAUUGCGCCUCCUGCGAGAAGCAGAAAAGCUCCAGCUGACACCCAACGCUGCAAAGAGAAAUUCAAAAAGAAUGUACCAGAAUAAAAGUUCUAACUCAUCCUUGCAAUUUUAGGAACCCCGCGCAGAUUUAUUGGUCCCASGCUGCACGAAAAGCAGCGGGUGCCGCAUGAUUUAUGUCUUCCAGAAUUAGAGACGAGCUCUGCCCGGCGAUCAUCAGUCCCCCCCCACCCCGUCCUCCAUCAGGCGCCUGAGUCCGUUCUGCCCCCAACCACACCACAUGACCUCGCUGUAGCCUCUACACUUCACAUGACACUCCUGAAUUGUUUUCUGUGUGGUUGAAUAUGAAAUGUGUGUUUGUGUUAAAUGGGCACAUUUGGUGUGUUAAUAUUUGUGCCUGUUCAAGUAAUAUUCACCAAUAAUGGUUAGACUCUCUCCGUUCAAAAACGACAUGAAGCUACUGAUGUUUAUGGGAAAUUUUCACACCAAAAUCUAACUUACAAACAUUUACUGUAAAAAAAAAAGUAUAUUUACCAUCUGACAUUAGUCCAACCAUGUUUUCUCAUCUGCACAAUUCCCAAACAUAAACUGUUUGUUUUGUUUGUGGAAUAAAGUCUCAUCAGAAGCACUUGGGAGGACUUCACAUCCCUUUCAAGGUUCCAAGGACUUUUCAAGGUUACAUCUUUAGUUUUCCAUUGUGAGGUUACRGUUUUGAUCUGCGUGUAGAACUGAAAAACCCUGUAGAAAAACAAACAUAAAAACCCCAUCAUGUUUACAUCUCAA